AGAAACCCACCCAUGUCAAUGCCGAACUAAGAGGCAGGGUCCGACCUGCGUGCUUUUCUAUCCUUGCUCUGCGGAAGGCAGGUGCAUGGGCCUUUUGCCACCUUCCACGACUCUGGUUGACUUGCUUUUUUCCCUCUUCAUGAUCUGUUACGGGACUUGUCGGUUAAUGGAGGCGAAGAGGAUCGACUGUCUUCAUCGUCCAGAAUUAGCUCCGCUUCCCUUCCGCGGAGUCACAGAUGCAGUACAUAGACACGGAGCCAAGGGUCAGAGGAUGUUCUUGUUCGUGGCCUCGAGAGAAGGAAGAGUUUGUACAUGUACACGCAUACGAUAAGGGUGUUUCUAGUAUUUCGGUUAACCAAUUCCCUGAUAGGCAUUCAUGACCGAAUAACCGUCUAACGGUCUUUUACCUGUCAAACUGUAGUGCAAGUCCAUAGUUCUAAGUCAUUUCUCCUUCAAUUACUCCGUGAUGAUCAACCUGGUCGUAACAACGGGCCAUGGCCCUAAACAAGUUCGCGUAGACGUACAAGAGUAAUAUCAGACAAUUUCUUACAGGGACGGAGUGGAGAGGGAAACCAGGGACAUGACGAAAAGUGUCUCAACGAGACAAAAAUAGCGAGCUUCUUACUAUCAAAAGCCUUGGUUUCGUAGUUUUCCUUUUAUCGAUGCCUCCCCCCUUAGUCGUUCCAAAGAACAUUUGAGAACUCGGGUAAAAAGCAGACGAGCAAUCACGUAACAGGGGCCUUCAUAAGAAGCAACCCGAGGGACAAAUGUUUGUGUAUUGAUGCUUAGGUAGGUACCUUAGGUUGGUUUCAGUUCGGUCCAUGCCGCUUUCUCUGUCUCGCUCUUGCUACAGACAUGGAGGUGAAGGAGAGGGGCGAGAUACCCACGAUUGUCUAACCUUGUUCGCCUCGGCCCCUCACCCUCUAGUUUGGUAUGGUACGUUACGGUACAGCCUUCUUUUAACGGGCACUGGGUGGAAGAUAAUAG